AUGCAAGUAUUUGACAUUUUUCUUUUUCUUCCCGACUUUUUUUUUUCCCUUUCUCAUCUUUCUUCCUUUUCACCAAACCUCAAGCUGUCUGUGAUUGUUAUCUCUCUCUCCUUACUCUCCUUUGUCCUCACUGCUUUUCUUCUUACACUUUUUUCAUUCACACUCAGUUCUUAUACUUUUGCUUCCUUUCUAUUUUCCUCCAUCGUGACAGUCUCCGAUUUUCAUAAAUUUUUCAUUAUCUCUCUCCGAUGUUUCCUCCUCAUCUCUCUCUCUCUCUCUUGUUUCCUCCUCAUCUCUCUCUCUCUCUCUCCAAAUGUUUCCUCCUCAUCUCUCUCUCUCUCUCUCAUGUUUCCUUCAUCUCUCUCUCUCUCUCCGAUGUUUUCCUCAUCUCUCUCUCUCUCUCUCCGAUGUUUCCUCCUCAUCUCUCUCUCUCUCUCUCUAAAUGUUUCCUCCUCAUCUCUCUCUCUCUCUCUCUCGUGUUUCCUCCUCAUCUCUCUCUCUCUCAUAAAUUUCCUCCUCUCUCUCUCUCUCUCUCCGAUGUUUCCUCCUCAUCUCUCUCUCUCUCUCUCCGAUGUUUCCUCCUCAUCUCUCUCUCUCUCUCUCCGAUGUUUCCUCCUCAUCUCUCUCUCUCUCUCUCUCCGAUGUUUCCUCCUCAUCUCUCUCUCUCUCUCAAUGUUUCCUCCUCAUCUCUCUCUCUCUCUCCGAUGUUUUCCUCCUCAUCUCUCUCUCUCUCUCGUGUUUCCUCCUCUCUCUCUCUCUCUCCGAUGUUUCCUCCUCAUCUCUCUCUCUCUCUCCGAACUUUUCCUCCUCAUCUCUCUCUCUCUCCGAUGUUUCCUCCUCAUCUCUCUCUCUCUCUCCGAUGUUUCCUCCUCUCUCUCUCUCUCUCUCCACUGUUUCCUCCUCAUCUCUCUCUCUCUCUCCGAUGUUUCCUCCUCAUCUCUCUCUCUCUCUCUCUCCGCUGUUUCCUCCUCUCUCUCUCUCUCUCUCUCCACUGUUUCCUCCCCUCUCUCUCUCUCUCUCUCUCCCUGUUUCCUCCUCUCUCUCUCUCUCUCUCUCUGUUUCCUCCUCAUCUCUCUCUCUCUCUCUCUCUGUUUCCUCCUCUCUCUCUCUCUCUCUCUCCGCUGUUUCCUCCUCAUCUCUCUCUCUCUCUCUCCGCUGUUUCCUCCUCAUCUCUCUCUCUCUCUCUCCGCUGUUUCCUCCUCAUCUCUCUCUCUCUCUCUCCGCUGUUUCCUCCUCAUCUCUCUCUCUCUCUCCGCUGUUUCCUCCUCAUCUCUCUCUCUCCGCUGUUUCCUCCCUCAUCUCUCUCUCUCUCUCACUGUUUCCUCCUCAUCUCUCUCUCUCUCUCUCUCCGCUGUUUCCUCCUCAUCUCUCUCUCUCUCCCUGUUUCCUCCUCAUCUCUCUCUCUCUCCCUGUUUCCUCUCUCUCUCUCUCUCUCCGCUGUUUUUCCUCCUCAUCUCUCUCUCUCUCUCCCUUUGUUUCCUCCUCAUCUCUCUCUCUCUCUCCCUGUUUCCUCCUCAUCUCUCUCUCUCUCUCCACUAUUUCCUCUCUCUCUCUCUCUCUCCACUGUUUCCUCCCUCUCUCUCUCUCUCUCUGUUUCUCUCCUCUCUCUCUCUCUCUCUCUGUUUCUCCUUUCUCCUCUCUCUAUUUCCUCCUCUCUCUCUCUCCUGUUUCUCCUCAUCUCUCUCUCUCUCUCCACUGUUUCCUCCCUCAUCUCUCUCUCUCUCCGCUGUUUCCUCCUCAUCUCUCUCUCUCUCUCCGCUGUUUCCUCCUCUCUCUCUCUCUCUCUCUCCUUUUCCUCCUCCCUCUCUCUCUCUCUCUCUCACUAUUUCCUCCCUCAUCUCUCUCUCUCUCUCCACUUUUUCCUCCUCUCUCUCUCUCUCUCUCACUUUUUCCUCCUCUCUCUCUCUCUCUCUCUCUGUUUCCUCCUCAUCUCUCUCUCUCUCUCUAUUUCCUCCUCAUCUCUCUCUCUCCUCUGUUUCCUCUCUCUCUCUCUCUCUCCACUAUUUCCUCCUCUCUCUCUCUCUCUCCGCUGUUUCCCUCCUCAUCUCUCUCUCUCUCUCCACUAUUUCCUCCUCAUCUCUCUCUCUCUCUCCACUGUUUCCUCCUCAUCUCUCUCUCUCUCUCCGCUGUUUCCUCCUCAUCUCUCUCUCUCUCUCCGCUGUUUCCUCCUCAUCUCUCUCUCUCUCUCCGCUGUUUCCUCCUCAUCUCUCUCUCUCUCUCCCUAUUUCCUCCCUCAUCUCUCUCUCUCUCUCACUGUUUCCUCUCAUCUCUCUCUCUCUCUCUGUUUCCUCCUCAUCUCUCUCUCUCUCUCUCCGCUGUUUCCUCUCAUCUCUCUCUCUCUCUCCGCUGUUUCCUCCUCAUCUCUCUCUCUCUCUCACUGUUUCCUCCUCAUCUCUCUCUCUCUCUCCGCUGUUUCCUCCUCAUCUCUCUCUCUCUCUCUGUUUUUCUCCCUCAUCUCUCUCUCUCUCCGCUGUUUCCUCCUCAUCUCUCUCUCUCUCCGCUGUUUCUCCUCAUCUCUCUCUCUCUCUCGCUGUUUCCUCCUCAUCUCUCUCUCUCUCUCCACUGUUUCCUCCUCAUCUCUCUCUCUCUCUCCACUAUUUCCUCCUCAUCUCUCUCUCUCUCUCCACUGUUUCCUCCUCAUCUCUCUCUCUCUCUCUCCGCUGUUUCCUCCUCAUCUCUCUCUCUCUCUCUCCGCUGUUUCCUCCUCAUCUCUCUCUCUCUCUCCAAUCUUUCCUCCUCAUCUCUCUCUCUCUCUCUCCGAUCUUUCCUCCUCCUCAUCUCUCUCUCUCUCUGAUCUUUCCUCCUCAUCUCUCUCUCUCUCUCUCCGAUCUUUCCUCCUCAUCUCUCUCUCUCUCUCUCCGAUCUUUCCUCCUCAUCUCUCUCUCUCUCUCCGAUCUUUCCUCCUCAUCUCUCUCUCUCUCUCUCUCCGAUCUUUCCUCCUCAUCUCUCUCUCUCUCCGAUCUUUCCUCCUCAUCUCUCUCUCUCUCCGAUCUUUCCUCCUCAUCUCUCUCUCCCCGAUCUUUCCUCCUCAGUCUUCUCUCUCUCUCUCUCCCCGAUCUUUCCUCAGUCUUCUCUCUCUCUCUCUCCCCGAUCUUUCCUCAGUCUUCUCUCUCUCUCUCCCCGAUCUUUCCUCAGUCUUCUCUUUUACUCUUAGAUAUAUCAUUUCUUCUUUAUUCUCCAUUCUUUUCUUACUCUUCUUUCUUCCAUGCAUUUUCAUCUUCUAAUAAUUUCUUUGUGGUUUCUUUCUCUUUGUCCAGUUUUUCUAUUGUAAUGGGUCAUAUCUACAAGAUCCUUAUUAUUCAUUCUCGUACGACGCUGAAUUCUUUGUCUCGUCUCUCCAUAAAAGAGAUUCACCGAGAAAAUACUUCCCUUAUACGACAGCAUCUAUUUCUCGCUCUUUUAUUGAUCUACAAUUACCAAAGGAAUCUGCUCGUCCAUUUCCUGUUCCUCAUUCUUUUUCCCUCCAAGACCAUUUUCAGUCAACAACAGUCAGUCUGCAUUCACGCUGCUAUUGCACGAUUCUUGUUUUCUUUUUUUUUUUUCCUCCUCCCCACUUACAAUUCUAUACGACUUCCGGAGACACCUCUUUACUUUCGCUGA